AUGGCUACUCAAGAUCUGCCUCCAGUUGGGGGCUACGAGAAGAUCCAAUGGAAAAGAAACCUGCCUUCGAGAGGAUUUAGACCUCUUGUCUGGUUUGGAUUGCUGGUUGCCACCACGUCGUAUGGCUUCUAUAGGGUCAUCCAGGGCAACAGGGAGAACGUGGAGCUGAAAAGAGAAAAAAUAUGGUCUCGUAUCCAUCUGCUGCCUCUUUUGCAAGCCGAGCAGGACAGAGAUAUAGUCCGCAGAACCAUCGCAUACUACAACAGAGAAGCAGAGAUCAUGAAGGACGUUCCUUGGUGGGAGGUGAAGUCCACCUACUCCAACAAGAAGGACUUCCAUCCUCCACAUACAGUGCUUGUGGGCAAACAGCUUGACAAAGACUCGUCGAUUUUCAAUCAAACCACCAAGGACAGAAAGUAG